CCAAGCGAUAUGAAAGGAGCUAGGAUUCCUGUGAUAUAUAAUCUGAUGGUACCACUUUUUUCGAUGUAGCAAACUCAUAACCUUCUACCAUGACCAUGUCGCCUCACAAAGGGAUCGCGCUCAUCACAGGAUCUGCUCAGGGCAUUGGUCGCAGUAUCGCUCUGCGGCUUGCGAGGGAUGGCUUCGACAUUGCCUUGAACGACCUUCCUAUGAAAAGUGAGCAGCUGGCUGCUGUUGCUAGUGAAGUCGAGGCAUUGGGACGCAAAGCGUGUAUCGUGAUUGCGGAUGUGACAAUCGAAGAGGAAGUGAAGAACAUGAUCACUGACACCGUAAAAGAGUUGAGUGGAUUGGAUGUGAUGGUCGCCAACGCUGGCAUUCCAGGAGCUAAUACUGUCUUGGAAACCACUGUUGAAGACUGGGAGCGCACAUUCACCGUUAACGCCCGCGGAGUUUUCCUGUGUUAUAAACAUGCCGCAGUACAGAUGAUAUCUCAGGGUCGCGGUGGCAGGAUUAUUGGCGCAAGUUCCAUUGCCGGAAAGAUUGGAUUUCCAUCAGCUGCUGCAUACUGCGCUAGCAAGUUCGCUGUCCGCGGAUUGACGCAGACGGCUGCUCUUGAGCUUGGAAAACAUAAUAUCACAGUCAACGCCUAUGCGCCGGGUGUCAUACAAACCCAGAUACUGGAUAGUAUUUCUGACCAAUCGGGAAAUGUCAGCCUGGCAGACGAAGAUUCGACGAAUUACCUUACCCAGCUAAUUGGAAACCGGCCGAUCAAACAUAAUGGUCAACCAGAGGAUAUCGCAAGCAUUGUCAGUUAUUUGGCGUCAAAAGAGGCGCAUUUCAUUACAGGGCAAUGCAUUUCUGUCGACGGAGGCGUCGUUCUAUCUUAGCGAGUCAGACAUCUUCCGAACACAAUGCAUUAAAAGAAGAAACAAAUGUAUCUUCAAGAGGUAACGCCGAACAUGACGGACUAGAGUUACUCCUGUUUGAUUCAAAUGAAUGAAUGAAUUUAUAUUUGGC